GUCACAACGGCACUUCCGUGUUUCCUCCUUCUUGGAUAGGUAAAGAUCGUUCCCUUUCACUGCACAUUCCCGAGGUCUCCAGCUGUGGGCGCUCUGACAGAUAAGCAUUGCUUUUGUCUCCACUAAAAGUUGACCACAGCUAUUUGCAUUCAAUCUCUUUCGACCCACCAUCAACCAGGAGCUAGCCUGUCAUUGACAUAGCAAGUCCACGCCAUGUUAGAACAGUCUCUCGGAAUCUCACGCAGCGUCUUCAGCAAGCAUGUCGUCCCUGCCUACGAAGAUGACAAGUUCAUGAACGACAAAUGCAUGUGGUGCUGGGAUUCAUACAACAACGAGCACCCAGCGGCGCGCACUCUGCCUUGCAGUUAUGUCUUCGGCCAGGACUGCAUUCAAUUUACGCGAACUAACGGUAGACACCAUGAGAUUUUCGGGAGCUUACCAGUACCAUCACGUCGUCACUCAAUUCUAGACAUCACUGCCACCGUCAUCAAUGCCAGAGCCGAGUUGACGUUUUUGGCGUGCAAGCUUGUCAUGAAGCUUGUUGGAGACCCCAAGGAUUUGGCAGCUGGUACUAAGCACUUGGCUUCCUUUCAUAGAGUAGACUGUUCGAGCUUGAAGAUCGAUGGAUACUGCUGCGAAUUGUCGCGUUCAACCAACCUCCGUACCUCCCUAUCGACACUGUGAUUAGCUACAAAAACACGCUAGUCAACCGCACAACUACACCUCGUCUCCUUCCGUCUCCUUUUACCUGAACCACGAUUGUGGAAAAAGCCGCACGAUGGAACGUCUUCCGCUUGAGCCUGCAUGGCUGCUCUAUGAGUACCUCGAGGAGUUUGAUCUUGCGCCAGCACCGUAGUCGAAGUUCACCGAGGAAUCGGCUGAUCGACUUGUUUAUUGUUGGAGGCUUCUGCCGGUAUCCAUU